AGGCCGGGCUGGCCUAUUUAAGACGAGGACAAAGGCGGCGCGCAGCUUGUGUCGUCCGCCAUUUUGUACGAAGCAAGGUGGCAUCCACGUUCCCCGAGCAACUUCUCCGCUUCUGCCUCAACCGCCCCUUGACUGCAGCUAUGUCUCGGGAUCGGUUCCGGAGUCGCGGCGGUGGCGGUGGCGGCUUUCAUCGGCGUGGAGGAGGGGAUUUAAAGCCAACUUGUCUCUGUUGCGGAGGCCUGGAGAAAAAACUUACACACAGCGCUGUCGGUUGUUUGUGGGGAACCUACCUGCUGAUAUCACAGAGGAUGAAUUCAAAAGACUGUUUGCUAAAUACGGAGAGCCCGGAGAAGUUUUUAUCAACAAAGGCAAAGGGUUCGGGUUCAUUAAACUUGAAUCUAGGGCCUUGGCUGAAAUAGCGAAAGCCGAGCUUGAUGACACCCCCAUGAGAGGUAGACAGCUUCGGGUUCGCUUUGCCACACAUGCUGCAGCCCUUUCUGUUCGGAAUCUGUCACCCUAUGUUUCUAACGAACUGUUGGAAGAGGCCUUUAGCCAAUUUGGUCCUAUUGAAAGGGCUGUUGUAAUUGUGGAUGAUCGUGGCAGAUCUACAGGGAAAGGCAUUGUUGAAUUUGCUUCAAAGCCAGCGGCAAGAAAGGCAUUUGAACGAUGCAGUGAAGGUGUUUUCCUAUUGACAACGACUCCUCGCCCAGUCAUUGUGGAACCUCUUGAACAGUUAGAUGAUGAAGAUGGUCUUCCUGAAAAACUGGCCCAGAAGAAUCCAAUGUAUCAAAAGGAGAGAGAAACACCUCCUCGUUUUGCUCAGCACGGCACAUUUGAGUAUGAAUAUUCUCAAAGAUGGAAGUCCUUGGAUGAAAUGGAAAAACAGCAAAGGGAGCAAGUUGAGAAAAACAUGAAGGAUGCGAAAGAUAAGCUGGAAAGUGAGAUGGAAGACGCCUACCAUGAGCAUCAAGCAAAUCUUUUGCGCCAAGAUCUGAUGAGACGCCAGGAAGAAUUGAGGCGCAUGGAAGAACUUCACAGUCAAGAAAUGCAGAAACGUAAAGAAAUGCAGUUGAGGCAAGAGGAGGAACGACGCAGAAGAGAGGAAGAGAUGAUGAUUCGACAGAGAGAGAUGGAGGAGCAAAUGAGACGCCAGCGAGAAGAAAGUUACAGCAGGAUGGGCUACAUGGACCCGAGAGAAAGAGACAUGAGAAUGGGUGGUGGUGGAACAAUGAACAUGGGAGAUCCCUAUGGUUCAGGAGGCCAGAAAUUUCCACCUCUAGGUGGAGGUGGUGGCAUAGGUUAUGAAGCUAAUCCUGGAGUUCCACCAGCAACCAUGAGUGGUUCCAUGAUGGGAAGCGACAUGGUAAGAAUGAUUGAUGUUGGCUGAUUUUUGGAGUCUUUACUUUGAAGUGAAAUAAGAUGUUUGUCCUCAAGACAUCACACAACACAGGCCAGCCAAGAAGCAAAGCCACGUUUAGCCUGAAAAACACUAGGAUCAAGUGAGCUGUAUCAGAAAAUGAGUCAAGACGAAAGAGGAAUGAACUUAUUGCCUUUUAAUAAAGAUAUUUUAAAAUCUU